CAUAUAUUUGUGCUUUUUGUUCAAGUCCUCUCUCAUUAUUAGCAUUUUAAUACAUAGUUUUUUUCUUCUUCCAAACAAUACUUUUUUUUCUGGUGCAAAAUGAUCAUUCAAAGGGCUGCAUGCUUUCACAAAGCUCUACUUUCUUCUCUACAAAAGGUAGGACCAAGAUACUUUACUGCUCCAGCUCUAACUUCUGCACAACCUUCUACUUAUGGGGAUUACGAAUCGAGGGAUAUUUUUGAUUGGGAUAAUCUUGGAUUCAAAUUAAUUCAAACUGAUUAUAUGUUUAUGGCAAGAAGUUCUCAUAAUGGGAAUUUUGAAAAAGGCAAACUUAAUCCCUUUGGAAAUAUUGAACUGAGUCCCUCUGCUGGUGUCUUGAACUAUGGACAGGGUUUAAUUGAAGGUACAAAAGCUUAUAGAGUGGAUGAUGGAAGAAUAUUUCUUUUUCGUCCACAAGAAAGUGGAAUUAGAAUGCAAAUUGGUGCUGAAAGAAUGUGCAUGCUUUCUCCUUCUAUUCAACAAUUUGUUGAUGCUGUCAAGUUAACAACUAUAGCUAAUAAACGUUGGAUCCCUCCUGCUGGAAAAGGGUCACUUUAUAUUAGGCCUUUGCUUAUUGGAAAUGGACCUAUACUUGGAAUUGCUCCAGCACCAGAGUACACAUUUCUUGUCUAUGCUUGCCCUGUUGGAAAUUAUUUAAGGAAUGGGACACAACCAUUAACCUUAUAUGUUGAGGAUGAACAUCAUCGUGCCUCACAAGGGGGAGCAGGUGGAGUCAAAGCCAUUACUAACUAUGCCCCGGUGAUAAAAGCUAUACAAAAAGCAAAAGAGAGAGGAUACUCAGAUGUAUUGUACCUUGAUUCAGUAAAUAAAAAAUAUAUUGAGGAGGUCUCUGCUUCUAACAUUUUCCUUGUAAAGGGAAAAAUCAUUUCAACACCAGUUGCCAGUGGAACCAUUCUUGAAGGAAUCACAAGGAAAAGCAUUAUAGACAUUGCACAUGAUCUUGGAUACCAGGUUGAAGAGCGUUUGAUUGAAGCAGAUGAAUUGAUUAGUGCUGAUGAAGUAUUUUGUACUGGAACUGCACUUGGUGUUGCUCCUGUAGGAAGUAUUACCUACAAAAACAAACGGAUUAAUUACAAGGUAAGCUCAGAAUUAAUAAGUGAGCAAUUGAGCUCAAGAUUAGCAGCAAUUCAAAAAGGUAUUAUUGAGGACAAGAGGGAUUGGCUUAUUGAGAUUAAGUAAGUUUUUGGUUUAAUGAUGUUAGCAAAGUUUUCAUUAGCUAAAGUUGUGAGUCUGUUUGUAGAAAUUAAGAUUUGCUUGUAAUGUAUAAGAAAUUAAUGAGAUUAGAGAAACUAUAUAUUAUUGUAUUAAUUAAAGGUUAUGUUCUAAAAGAGCUCCUUAUGGGGCAAAGUGCACAAAUAGCCAAUUUGAGGACAGCUAAUAAAGCCAUAUAUAGUCGAAGUACAUAAUUUCUAAGAAAUUUAAUGA